CAAUAUUUUUGAUACUUACAUUGAUAUCAACCCAGCCAAUUUAAACAAAAGAACAAAAAAUUUGAGUUUCUUGUUGGACUCGGUGGAAGCUUGUUGAAUUCGAAGAAGAGCCUUAGAGCUCAUAUAAAUCUUGAUAGGCUAAAUUAAGUCUUACCUAUUGAAACGCAGAGCUAUAAGCGAUAAGCAGACUCAUAUGUUUCAUUUUCGGAGAGAAGUUUUAUUUUUCUUUUAAAACAGAGAAAUUGUGCAUUCAAAAUUUAUCUAAUUCUCGUAAAAUUCCCUAAAAAGUCGUUUCUUUUUUCAGAUUUAAUAUCUGUUGUUAUUUUUAUUAGGGAAACCUUUAAGGUAGAGUGCUUGAUGUAUAGAAGUUCUAAUAUUUAUCGGUUGCUUUAGUUUCUUUUUCAUAUUUUUCUUUAUAUUUUGAAAGAUAUUCAUUAUAUUGGAGGAUUUCAAAAAACAAACAGAAAUCUUUGUGUGUAAAAACUUUUGGAAUGGCUGUUUAUCAACGCAAAAGUAAAAAGAAGAGUGGAGAGUCUGUCACGGAAGACUCAACCCAGAAUGAGGAUGAAGGUGGUCAAAAUUUCCAAAUUCCCUGGAAAAGGAUUUUAACCCGAGUGGUACUUUCUGCUUUGUUGAUUUUUGUCAUUUACUAUUCCUCAGACAAAGGGGAUCCCCAUGUGUUUGCCAAACAGAAAGAAUCGUUGGUAUUUAAGUCCAUUGAAGUGCCUUGUUCGAAAGAAUAUUUAGAAGACAUUUCUAAAUUCAAAGGUUGUGCUCCAAAGAGUUGUGGAAGAUUAGUAACAGACGUUGUUGUUACACCCGAGGAAUCUGCUCAUCUCUUAAGGUUGUGUAAGAAAGGUUUAGCAUUUGGUGGUUCUUCUGGUGGUGCAUCCAUACUAGAUUUGCAUUCUGGAGCUUUAUCACAUGGUAACACUUUCAUAAAUAUUUAUGAGAAAUUGAAGACAGACAAGAAUAAUAUUUUCUCCUCUACUGAUUUCAAGGUCUACAGCAAUGUUCGUGACAAAAUACAGAAGGCUAUUGCUUACAAUUUUGGAAUUCAAAUGAAUAAGCUCUACUUGACUCAUCCAACAUUUUUUUCUGAGAUGACUUCAAAACCAGCCAUGACCACGCAUGAUGAGUAUUGGCAUGUUCACAUUGACAAAGAAACAUAUCCAUCAUUUCAUUAUACCUCCCUUUUGUAUCUAAACAAUUACAAUGAAGACUUUACAGGAGGGCGAUUUGUAUUUGUUGAUAAAAGUGCAAAUGUAACUGUGGAACCCAAAAUAGGUCGUGUCUCUGGGUUCACUUCCGGAGCAGAAAACCCUCACCAUGUAGAACAGGUGAAGAGUGGGAGCAGGUAUGCCAUCACAGUCUCAUUCACUUGUGAUCCAAAGCAAGCUAUCGCUGACCCCACCGCCAAGAAGUUCUCCGCAUAAAAUAUUUCUCCUCACGUUAAUUGAUCUAAGAUGCAUUUGAUCAGAAACAAAUUAUUUAAUGCACAUAUAUUUUUAUCAUUCUAAAAUGUUCCAGUAUUAAAUCUUUUUUAAGAAAACAAUAAAAUCUGUGCUGAUUUUAUCUGUUUUAUUUCUUCUCAUUAAAUGAUAAGAAGCAAAACCUACUCAACUUGUAGUAGCUCUUAGUAAUAAAAGAAGUUUCUUGUUUUGUUUCAAUAUAUUUAUAACAUGCUCAACAAUUACUCAACCAUUCCUGUUUUACAUUCCUAAAUUAUUUUAUUCUCAUUUGUUUGCAUGAAUCAGUCACUUUGAAUUUCAUGUUUAUAGAAAUACAAUGAAUAAUCAGUUAAAUGUAAUUUUCUAAUAAUAAACUGUUUUUCAUUAAA